CAUUUAUCACUUAGACACUCCUGGUUAUCGUCGCCAUUAACGAAGCAGCAAUGAGUUCAUCUUCUUCACUAACGUCGCCUACGAUUCUCAAUCCUUUUCCUCCUAAAUUCUCCAAAAUCUAUUCAAUCCCUGCCCUGCCCACUUCGUUAUCCUCGCCGUGUAAUCGCCGUGGUCGAUCCUUUCCUCGCGCUGCUGCUUCCACCGAUUUCAACUUUUCCUUGCACGAUGCUCUUGAAUCUUCUGGAAUCGAUACCUCUCACGCUAGAGAGGCCAGGAAGGGUUUCGUUUCACAAAUUAAAGAAUUAUCCAAUAUCGAGAGGGAAACAAGUAUUAGUAUAAAUAGAGGCGUUGAUCUUGGGAAAACUGCUCUUUACAUAGCAGCAGAGGAUGAUUCUCUCAUUUCGCAUUCUUCCGUUCCUUUGCCCGUGGAUGCUUUUCUUGAAAGAUUGGAUGAUCUUUCCAUGGGCUACUGCUCUCACUACAACUCAUCAUGCAGGUCGUCACGGGAGAAUUUUUUGGAGAGCAUAGAAAAAUAUUUGUAUGUCAGAAAGGGCUUUCGGAGAUCUAUGGCCAAGAACCAAGCAGAGCCACGAGCCCUUUAUCUUCACUCGGUUUUGACGCAUCGUUCAGGUUCUGCUUUAAUGCUUUCACUCAUACACUGUGAGAUCCUGAAAAUGUUUCGCAUGUGGGGCCUUUUGGAUUUUGAUGUAGAGAUUUUCUUUCCUCGUGAUCAUGAUGGUCUUCCGAGAGCCUAUGAUAAGCAAAAGAGCAAAGAAUCUGAUCAGCCCCACAUAAUGACUGUACAAAUGCUAUUGGAAGAGAUUUUGAGUAAUUUGAAGGUUGCUUUCUGGCCAUUUCAACACGAUCGUGCUGAUAGUUUAUUUUUAAGGGCAGCAGAUGCAGCCAACUGUGUAGACAGCUUUAAUGGCAGUCAAGAGAGUGCCUAUCAGCUUGCAUCCGCAAAGGCUGCUCAGCAUAGGCUAGAGCGGGGCGUUUGGACCAGCGUACGUUUUGGGGAUAUGAGACGUGCUUUGUCUGCAUGUGAACGGCUUAUUCUUCUAAAAAACAAUCCGAAGGAAAUGAGAGAUUACAGCAUUCUCCUCUACCAUUGUGGAUUAUAUGAUCAAUCUCUGAAAUACCUCAAGUUGUACCAAGAGGCAAAGAGCUCUUCCUCGCAAAGACAGUCAACAAACUCAAUUAGCAUCCUGGAAGAAGAAGCUGUUCAGAAAUUGCUUGUGCGUCUGAAUCUCAUCACAACGGAGGAAGGUUGGUCCCAACCGUUUUAUGUCCGGAAUUUUCUUGGCAACAACUCCGAGCCAUGGUAACGCCUUAAUACUUAUUUUUCCGUCAGUGUCCGAAAGUUUAACUUAUAUCUUGUCCGAGUUGAAUAAGGGACAGUAUGUUCACGUAUCCAGAAAGGGUGUUAUAGCCUAUCACAAGGCUAAGAUCAAGGAUUUAAAUAACGGCUAUAGUAAUGUGACAUUAUCGACUCUCUCGGUCGUCAAUAGUCACUGCAAUAGACUGCAACAACAUUUGUUAUGUCUAUAUGAUGAAUCCAGUAUUACAGAAUUAACAUACAUAUGCCAUUGGCAUUUGACUUUAUGAUGUCUGUACAGCACCCAGAAUUUUUGUUCUGAUUGAUCUUUGUAAAUUACAUUAUCAUUUGAUCUUGUUUACAAUUGUUAAG